CGCCCCACUUUAAAUAAGGUAUUAACGCCCCUCCUCCGUCAGCUGACCGCGGUCCAUGUUGUCAGGAAGUGCUUCGUUUUUCACAUCUAACCGGAAUAUAAGGAGGAGUAGCUGUUUAAUCCUACGCUCCUGGAACAUCACACCGAGCGUUCCAUGGGUCAGCCAUUGAGACAUGGAGAACUACAGCAGUGGUCGGCCAUGGGGGAAGCUAGUCAAAGUGGACUCCAAUGAAACAGUUCUGCUUUUCACUAAGGAAUGUACAGUUGGCAGAAAAAAAGGCUGCUAUCUGUCCUUUCCAUCCAAUAAACUUGUCUCCGGGGAGCACUGCAAGAUAGUAAAAGAUGAACACUCAGGGCUGGUUUGGCUUGAAGACACGAGCACUAACGGCACAGUGAUCAACUCGUCCAAAGUGGUCAAGAAGCAGACGCAUGUGCUGCAGAACGGUGAUGUCAUCUACUUUGUGUACAGGAAGAGUGACCCCGAUCAAAACAUUGCCUAUGUUUACCACUCUUUAAACAUGGAGGCCGCUGUUCCAGAAGACGGUUAUAAGAGGCCAGCCUGCAGUCUUUUUCCGGUUCUGGCUUCAGAGAUGGCCCUCUCUGUGGAACCCGUAAUGCUCACAAGAGCUCCUUUGGAACCAACUCAGGAGGAACCUCAGCCUUCCACUUCCACCUCCCACCUUUGUAUUAAGAAGCCCUCGUCUAAAGCCCCCGUUUCAUCAGCUUCUUCUGCUUUGGGCCAAGUUAAGGAUGGAGCCUCGGCAGUAGAAGAACACUCAGGCAACCGGGAGCCAGAAUGCAAAAGGAGGAGAACAGAUGAUGAUGUGACAGGAUCAGCUAAGGGGGAUGUUCUGUCUACACUGCCAGUGAAAGAGACUAAAACGGACAAGAUGGAGGAGUCGCUGACAUGCGUCAUUUGCCAGGACCUGCUGCACGACUGCAUCAGCUUACAGCCUUGCAUGCAUGUUUUCUGUGGCGCCUGCUACUCUGGCUGGAUGGAGCGCUCGUCGCUGUGUCCCACCUGCCGCUGCCCCGUGGAGAGGAUUUGUAAAAACCGCAUUCUGAACGACCUGGUGGAGGCCUACCUCAUCCAGCAUCCAGAGAAGAGUCGCAGUGAGGAGGACCUGAAGAGCAUGAACAGCCAAAACAAGAUCACUCAGGACAUGUUGCAGCCCAAAGUGGAACGUUCCUUCUCUGAGGAGGAGGGCAGUUCAGAUUACCUCUUUGAGCUGUCAGACAAUGACAGCGACUCUUCAGACAUUAGUCAGCCCCUUCUGAUGUGCAGGCAGUGUCCGGGCUACACGCGGGAUAUGGGCCAAGUUCUGUUUGCUUCGAGCUCAAACUAUUGGUUCACUGGUCUUCCAACUCUACCACCUGUCCAGCCUCCUCCUACACCUGCUUGUGGGGAGGGAGCAGCAAGGCCGGCCGGAGAGCCGGCCGGAGAGCAGCCCUCCACGUCCUCCGACCGGCCCUCAGCUGACACACCUCAGGAGUACUGCUGCCCCCCGCAGGGCCGCCACCUCAUCUGCACCUGCUGCCUCCAGCCGAUGCCAGACCGGCGGGCCGAGCUCAGCAACCAGCAGCAAGUUAUCGCUCAGCAAUGUAUGCUGUGCCAGAGUCCGUUCUGCCACAUGUACUGGGGCUGCCAGAGGAUUGGCUGCCAUGGCUGCUUGGCUCCAUUCAGUGAGCUUAAUCUGACUGAAAAGUGUCUGGAUGGCGUUCUGAACAACAACGCAUACGAGUCAGAGGUUCUACAAAACUACCUUUCUGCUAAGGGAAAGACAUGGAAAGAUCUGCUCCAGGAGUCCUUGCAAGGCUUACAGGAGGGAAAGUUUCUCCUGACAGAUUGUCGCAUCUCGACGGACACCCUGCUGUGUUUCUGCUGCGGCCUGCGAGCCUUCAAGGAGCUGGCCUACAAGUACAGACAGAACAUCCCUCCGGCUGAACUGCCAGCUUCUGUGACAUCUCGUCCCGACUGUUACUGGGGGCGUAACUGCCGCACGCAGGUGAAGGCGCAUCACGCAGUGAAAUUCAACCACAUAUGUGAACAGACGCGUUUCAAGAGCUGAAGGAGCCGGACGGUCGGUUCUUCUGAGUCAAAUGCACAUGUGAAACACGACCUCGAUGCGUCUCGCUCUGCCCGCCGUAGACGACCCGCCUUAUGCAAUUGCCUAAUGCACUUAUUAACAAUCAGUGUCCAUUUACAACAAUGACCGUGUUCUCCACACAUAUUCAGGAGAACGGUAUCUAUGCACAUUCGGAUUAUUCCCUUUUGAGUGAAGGUCUUUUCACUCGUACAAGUUGCUGUUGCUCAGAAUAAUAAACACCCCGAAACAGCCGAUAUCUGGUAAAGGAAUCAUUUGUUUAGGUGGUGAAAUGGUUAAAGGUGCUAGUUAGUGUCGCUGUCACCCUGGGCAACAAAAACUUCAAUUUUGUUUUUAGAUUAGAACUUGUGUAUGGAAGAGGGAUAUGUACGCAUGCUAAACAAGCUUUUUUUUUCGCCCCGUUUUCUUCAUGAGAGAAUUAUUUUUGAGCAUUUUCCCAAUAUGCUAAUGUUAUUAUUAAGGGAUUUCCAUAAUUCAUUACAUCUAAAUAAUCAUGUGAAAUACCUUUUACUAAGUAAAUUACAAUAGCAUUCAUUUAUUUCACAAAUUCUACUCAAAACGUGAAAGUCUUGGAAGAUAAAGAUUCAUUACUCUGUUAUGUAUUUCAGUGUUUUUUGUUGCUUUUUUUUAAUGCAAUUGAAGGUUGAAAUGAACAAAAUUCCCCAAAAUUACUUGAGGGAGGAGGGAAAAUGGAAAAAAAACAUAUUUUGGUCGUUUGCAGUAUUUUCUGAUUUGAUGUCAUGGCAAACACAAUCACUCAGAAGACUACCAGCAGAAAUGCACUGACUGUUUUCAUUGAAAGUAAGCCACAAAAGAUGAUUGCUAAAAGGAUCUGGAAAGUUGAGUGGAAGGAAAAAAAAGUGUGGCACAUCUGAUUUUUCAUAUUGAGUUACUUACUCUUACUCUUCCAACUUAUUCAGACGCACCUAUAAGGGUCACAGGAACAGUAAAGUAUUUUCAGUUUAAAACAGCCCAUCACAAUGCUAUAUGUUGCUAGCAUUAACCAGUUAAGUAUUACCGCUUAGGGAUUUUUUUUCCCCCUGCUUAUAUCACUGCGUUUCCAGGCAAAAGCAAAAAAAACAAACAAACACACACACACUAAAACUCUAACACAUUGUGAUCCAGUGUGAUAUUUGUGCAGGAUUUUGUUGUUGCCGUGUAGUAAGGGCUAAUCUGUGUAUGAUGAAAUGCGUUGCUUCCUUCUGUAGAACUUCAGGGAAGAAAAGCAACAUGAAGUCAUGCUGCAUUUACAGGAAACUCUUGGACGGAUCAAGCCAAUAAGAGACGCAGCAUGUGCUCAGUCGCUCGCAUUCAUCUUACCUCUCUCAUCAGAGCGUUGGAUCUCUGUUGAUUUUUCUCUCAUCGCUCCUCAGGUACACAACACUUUUAUUUUGAAACUUUCUUUGCAAAAUGGGCGGGGGGGGGAAUCUGAAGCGCACUGACAUCCUCUUUAAGACUAUCAAUAUCUCAGAUUGUUAAUGUAGUAACUGGACAAAUCACGCUUGGCUUCUUCUAGUUUCUGUCUAGCUGACACUUCUGUAAGGUAGAUUUAAAGUUUUUCAUAUAUAUAUAUAUAUAUAUAUAUAUAUAUAUUAAAACUCUAAACGUAUCACUAACCUUCCGUUUAUUAGUGUGUUGAAAAUGGUGAUGGAUGUAAAGAAGUAGAAAUGCUUAAAGCAGGCCUUAGAAAGGCCAAGUUUCACGUGGAUUUCUUAUUGAUUUUUUCAAUUUAUGCAGAUUUGUUUUGUUUUAUUUUUUCCUGGACAUGGACGAUCUUUACUCAAGUUUCUCACAUUUAAGAGAAAGUUCAAAACAUUACUAAACAUCCUAAGACAUUCUGUGCUUGGCUCAUUGAAAAUAAAUUGCCUGCAAUAUCUGGGUUUUAAUUGUACAUAAAGAUUAAUUCCACAAUAUAAUGGAGAUUUCCGCACAAACAAAAUUCCUUUAUAGUAUAAGAAAGUUGCUCAUUUCUGAUGUACAUGUAACUUUGAUCAUAUUUAGUUUUAUGUUGCCUGUUAAAUCAAUGAGGCAAAUAAAAAAAGUAGUUAAAGGGCACUUUCCUGCUUCUACCUUUGUGUGUGGGGUUAGGUCACUGUUUUCUGUAUUUUAAUUUUUAAUAUAUAUAUAUAUAUAUUUUUUUUAUUUCAUGCUGAGUCUAAAUAUACAUUCUUUAGCAGCUCAGCCUCUCGGCACAAGCCUGAUCAAUCCCCCCCCCCCGCAGACAAGUUUUAAUUAUUUGCUGCAGGAGAUCUGGCUGAGCUAACAACAAUCCCAAGCCGCUCCAAUGAGGAAUUGGUAUUAGCGGCUUUUGAGGGGUGCUGUAAA